GCCGCUUUACCCUCAUGUCUGCAUUCCUUUCAUUUGCAAGGUACAACACUUUCAGAUGGCAACGCGGAGAACACGAGGAGAUCAUCCAUUGCUGUGCGUUAUUAGCCACUCCCCAAUCCACGAUCCAUCUCUCGAGCGAACCUCCAUCUCAACGACAUAAUCGCUUUGGUUUAUAGGCUAUGGGGUUGUUGGGCUCCAUUUUCCGACUCUUUAUCUCAUGUAUUUAUGGCGAUCAAAGCAAACGACCAACUGGCACAGAGACACGGGACGCAUAUCCAUCGUCUGCAAUCACUGAACAACUUCAACCAUGUCUUCCCCCGCGGCCUUUCCAUCUGCCAAAGCCGUCGCAGCCAUAUGUACCCCAGCAGAGAGUGGAACAGCGACAAGAACGUUACACACCUCAACUUGCUCGUGAACGUGUUGGCCAAGGGAAACCUCUACCUUCAAUUCCUCCUCAAUGUGUGAAUAGGCCGAAGUUCCCGGAGUCACAGCAACAUGUACCACCACAACGCCAGCAGAGCCCGGAUCAGCAGAAACCAUCGCCUCCAUCUAUUUCUGUAGGUGGACCUCCCAUACAUUUCACACCCCAGAUUCCAGAUCCACAUGAGAUCCUUAUCCCAAGCCCGCUUGUUGUCGACGAGAGUGAACAGAACGAACAUUAUGAGUCCCUACGAUCCCGCGCAAACGAGGAAGGCGACAAAAUGGGUCAAUGUUUCCAACGCAGUCGUGAAGCUUACCAGAGCGGUAAUGGUGCUCUUGCGAAGGAAUUAUCUGACGAGGGGAAAGCGCACCAGAAAGAAAUGGCGAGACUGCACUGGGAAGCAGGUGAAUGGAUAUUCAAUGAGAACAACAAGCAUAGGAUACCUGGAGAGGUUGACCUGCAUGGUCUGUAUGUGAAAGAAGCGGUCAUGUAUGUCGAUCGGACUAUCGAAGAAGCUAGGCAACGAGGAGACCGUAGAGUCCAUUUUAUCGUUGGAAAGGGAUUACACUCAGCAGACGGCACUGCCAAACUGAAACCAGCCAUUGAAGAAUACGUGCAGAAACAACGACUUGUAGCUGAAACUGACCCUCGAAACUGUGGAGUGCUGGUCGUCAUCCUGGAUGACAGCAGUGUGUCUGGAGAUAGUCAGCAAGUAAUGGAAAUUGAGCCACUUGAGCCGAUUGUGCUGGCCGGAGUGAGGCGGACACGUCACACACUUGCACCAGCAAAAUCGGCCAAGGCAAGAUCAGGUUCAGGGCGAGGAGCAUCCCGUAUUCGCGCUCUGCACCCCGCGAGAGCUCAGAAUUCGACCAAGGCUCAGAUAAACACGUGGAAUGAGACGAUGCAUGGAGGAGUGAAAACUGGAGGGCAUCGAGUAAAGAGGAGAAAGGGAGGAAGUUCAAAGCCCAGCUUGAAUAAGGCCACAGUUUCGGUGUAUUGACAUCAAUGUGAGCUCACGAACUGAUGGCAUUCUCUCCUGCAGAGCUAAAUUCGUGUAUUUGUAUGGAGUAUUACACUGUAUACUGUUAGAUUUAAGAGCGAGCGCGCAGCGCGAGUCGGUGACGAGCAAAUAAGUACGUUCGUAUACG